GCAGUGAACAACCUCAUCUGGCAAACCAACGCCAUGUUCCGGCCGUUUGUAGAGGUUAACGCCGUGGGACCACAUCUGGCAGACAAGAAGCGCAAAUUCAGCACCAAGACCAAGAAUAACAAUUGGUCACCAAAGUACAAUGAAACAUUCCAAUAUGUUCUAAGUAAUGAACAUGGUCCAGAGGCGUACGAGCUGCACGUCUCAGUAAAGGACUACUGCUUUGCCCGCGAGGACCGUGUCAUCGGCAUGACGGUCAUCCAGCUCCGAGAGCUGGCGGACAAGGGCAGCUGCUCCGCCUGCUACCCCCUGAUGAAGAGCAUCUCCAUGGACGAAACUGGCCUCACCAUCAUGAGGAUACUCUCUCAAAGGACCAACGAUGAGGUGGCCAAGGAGUUUGUGCGUCUUAAGACAGACACACGCUCGGCAGAGGAAGUGUCGUAAUGUGGAGCAAAAAUGCAGUAUUAAAAAUUGUUGUGUUGUCUUAGGUGAGAGAUAAAGAGAAAAAGGAGAGAGCAGUAGCAACAGUUGUUCUUUCUGGAUAGCUGGAGAAUGAGAUUGUCCAAAGAGAAGCCGAGAAGGCACAAAUGUGGCAAGGCAGCAAGACAGUGAGAGAGAGAGUUGUGUUUGUUUGUUUGUUUUUGUGCAUGUGCGUAAAACAUCUGUUGGAAUGUUCAUUUUAAAACUACAGUAUGUACAAGUGUUUACUUACCGUAUGCUUACUAUUAAGUACUAUAUUCUACGAGUUAUGUUAACGAGACAUGAAAUACCUUUUGUACAACAUUUAGUCUUUUUGAACAGAGAUUUGUUCCAAUAAAGUGCCAAACCAGUGAAAAAAGAACAAAACCAACGUAUAUGAAUUAUGGUGAACUUUGUAUGUUUGAAAUUUGCUCAGUUAUUUUGUCCGGUGUAAGUCAUUUUCUGACCGUGUGGCGUUUUGAUUGUUGCAAAGUCUUUCAUUUUGCACCCUCGUUUUUUGGCUUCACGUUCUUCCACACGGCACUGUUGUGCAUGUCCUCUUCUCGGUCAUGUCUCUCCCAUGAUUCCACAGUGACCACCGAGCAGGGUCCUGUCCCCUUGCCUUCAAACUGUUUGUAUUUUAAGUCGACCUGAAAAUAGACCAUGUUUUUUUAAAUGGCGAUGACUGCUAUGUAAACCUUCAUAGGUGUUUGUAAUUUUAUAACCAUGACAACAAUGACGACAGCCUCCAGUGCUAACAGUCUUAGCAAAAAGGAUGGAAAUGUUUUCUUUUUCUUUGGCUUUUUGUUCCUUCUUUUUGGCCAUCAGCUUCCAGCCUUUCUGAAUGACCACUGUGAACAUGAGCUUUGGAAGGCAAGCUUACAUGACAUUGCUGACAGUUUGAUAUUAUUGUUUCAUAUUUUUCCGAUAACUUUGUUCCUGAUAAACUGCCAAAGUUACAUAAAAUAUUUGUACAAAAGCAAUCCAUUACAUGUAUGAAGAUAUAUAUGUACAUGUGAUCUAUUACUUUUUCAAUGCUUAAUAUUUGAUUAUUGAUAGGGUGGUACUAAGAUUUUAUUUUUUUUAUUUCCUGUGAAGCUGUUAACCAAUAUGAAAGUUGCACAUGCUACUUUACACAUUAGUUAUAUCAGCUUCUGUCACUGGAAUUAUUUUUCUUCAUAAAGGAAAGAGUCUAACAUUUGGUAAAUAUGCAACAUUCCUAUGUAUUGCACUGAUGGCGAAUUGUAUGUCAUGUAAAUAUAUUUAGUGAGAUAUUGUACAAAAGUCUACUUUUCUUCAAUGUGCAUAAAGUAUGUGCAAAUGUGUUAAAA